AUGGACCCGGCCUCCGAGGAGCUCGAGCGCCGCAGCCGCUACCUCAGCGCGCUCGUGCGCCGCACCAAGCUCGCCGACCCGCCGCAGCCCGAGCCCGAGCCGGAGGCGGAGGCGGUGGAGGCCAAGGCCAAGGCGGACGUGGAGCCGGAGCUCAAGGCGCCGCCGCGCCCGCACGUCGGCGGCGAGGAGGGUAAGGGAGGGAAGGAGGAGGAGAGGACGGCGGUGGCGGUGAAGGCCGCCAGGGGGGAAAUGAAGGCGGCCGAGGGGAGGAAGGUGGCGGUGUGCGUGCGCGCGGCGGACAUGCCGCUGUCGCUGCAGCGGCGCGCCGUCCGGGUCGCCGUAGAGGCCGUCGCCGCCAUGCCGCGGCUCGAGAGCAAGCGCCUCGCGCUCGCGCUCAAGAAGGAUUUCGAUACAACAUAUGGGCCUGCAUGGCACUGCAUUGUCGGCACAAGCUUUGGUUCCUAUGUCACUCACUCAUUGGGAGGUUUCUUGUACUUCUCCGUUGACAAGGUCUACAUUCUUCUCUUCAGAACUGCCGUCCAGCCACUUGCUCAGCCGCAAUGA